AUGGCACAUCCAAUCGCCUUUGCAGUUCAACUUCUCACAAUCACUCUCGCUCUCUUUCAACGCACUCUCGCAGUCGAACCAUACCAUCAGCUAGUGGAGUCAUUGAGCGAAAUACCCCAUGGCUGGUAUAAAGGAGAAAGAGCACCACCUUCCGCAUUGAUAAAAUUCCACCUUGCCAUAAAACGGCCCACAAAGCAUUUUGAACAAGCAGUCAUCAACAUCUCGACCCCGGAUCACCCGAAUUAUGGCCGCCAUAUGAGGCGAGACGAGUUGAAGGACAUUUUGCGUUCAGAUCCUGCCGCCCUGAAUGAUGUACUUUCUUGGUUGAAGUCGGAAAAUCUUGACCCCAACACAGUCGAGGUCGACGGCAUUUGGAUUCGCUUCGAAGUGUCAGUGGCUCAGGCGGAGCGUAUGCUCAAGACUGAGUUCUCCUAUUUUCAUGACGCCUCAAAGCUGAACACGGCAAUCAGAACGCUCAACUACUCCGUUCCCCAGAGGAUACAUCAUAAUAUCGCACUGAUUCAACCAACGACAAAAUUUGCAGCUCUGAAUCAAGGCGGCGAUAACCCCCAGUGUCUUCGUGACUUGUACAAUAUCAACGCCACAAAGGCCCGACGUGAUAAACGGAAUCGAUUAGGUAUAUCGGGCUUUCUCGAGCAGUUUGCUCGACACAAUGAUUUCCAAUUCUUUAUGAACAGUCUUUCACCGAACGAAGCCGGCGCGAACUUCUCUGUCGUGCGCAUCAAUGGCGGGCUAAAUGACGAGGACUCUUCAAGCGGUAGCACCGAAGCGAGUUUGGAUGUGCAAUAUUCGAUGGCAUUGUCAUACAACGCGUUGGGCACGUUUUACACGACCGGCGGUCGAGGGCCUCUGAUACCUGACGGAGACCAGCCAGAUCCAAACAAAACUACGAACGAGCCCUAUCUUGAGCAACUCCAUUAUCUCAUAAAUUUGCCAGAUGAUGAGUUACCCGCAGUGCUAACCACCUCUUACGGGGAGCCAGAGCAGACCGUCCCGGCCUCAUAUGCUGCGGCUGUCUGCAAUUUGUAUGCCCAACUCGGAGCACGAGGCGUGUCGGUCAUUUUCAGCAGCGGAGACUCUGGUGUCGGCAGGUCCUGUCAAAGCAACGAUGGCUCGUACCGUACUAGAUUCCUGCCAGGGUUCCCUGCUGCUUGUCCCUUUGUCACCUCGGUGGGUGGGACAUAUAGUCACAGGCCCGAGAGGGCAGUAGAUUUCUCCGGGGGUGGAUUCUCCGACAUAUUUCCUCGUCCAUCCUACCAAGACGAGGCAGUGAAAGGGUAUCUUGACCAGCUAGGGGAUCAGUGGAGUGGUCUGUAUAACCCCAAAGGUCGAGGUAUCCCAGACGUAUCCGCACAAGCAAGCGGUUUUCUAAUUCGCGACCAUGGAAGAUUCAUGAGGAUCAGCGGAACGAGUGCGUCGGCUCCUGUGUUUGCCGGCAUCGUCUCUCAGCUCAACUCCAUUCGUCUGGCACAAGGCAAGCCUCGCAUGGGAUUCCUGAACCCAUGGCUGUAUUCAACUGGCGUAUCAGGAAUGACCGACAUAGUGGACGGAGGCUCGCGGGGUUGCUAUGGUGGUGAACGUGGCAUUGCCGUCCCUUAUGCGAGCUGGAAUGCUACAGCUGGUUGGGACCCGGUCACGGGACUGGGGACACCUGUCGCAAACAACGAAGAAGUGGAUAUAUCCCACAACCAAUGGGGUGGUAGAGGUCUGAAUUGCUGUGAAGCCCCUGUUCUGGCAAUUUAUGGGGGCAAGCUGACUAACUACAAAACAAGGCAAUAA